GAAGGAACCCGAUCGCUCUGCCUACCGGCAAAGAUGAGAUUUUCUCUUUCCCGCCUCCCCAUUCUUGUUUCCGCCGUCAUUAUCUUGCACUACACCUUCUUCCUCAAAUCAUUACGAGCUUUAGAACCAACGAUCCUUUUGAAACCAGAGGUGGUUGGUCCCCUUGGUCGGCAGCUUUUGGAGACUGCGAAGUCACCGGGAUUUUAUAACUGGGUGAGAGACAUCCGUCGGAAAAUCCAUGCGUACCCGGAGCUUGGGUUUCAAGAAUACAAAACGAGUGAAUUGAUAAGRGCGGAGCUUGAUAACCUUGGAAUCGAGUACACAUGGCCGGUGGCGGGGACGGGUGUUGUGGCUACCAUUGGCUCCGGCGAACAACCAUUCUUUGCUCUCCGUGCAGACAUGGAUGCUCUGCCACUUCAGGAAUUAGUCGAUUGGGAUCACCGGAGUAAGAACGCCGGAAAAAUGCAUGCGUGUGGUCACGAUUCUCAUGUAGCAAUGCUACUUGGAGCAGCAAAGUUGCUUCAAGCCAGGAGACAUGAACUCAAGGGAACCGUAAAGCUGGUUUUCCAGCCCGGCGAAGAGGGUUUCGCCGGAGCUUAUCAUAUGCUUAAACACAGUGCACUUGACAACGUCAAAGCCGCCUUUGGCCUCCAUGUUUUGCCGUCAUAUCCGGUGGGCGUCGUAGCUUCWCGGCCAGGCCCGGUGCUAGCUGGUUCUGGAAGGUUUACUGCAACCAUUAAAGGUAUUGGUGGACAUGCKGCAACCCCACAUUUAUCAAAAGAUCCGAUUCUUGCAGCAUCAAUGGCGGUUGUUGUUCUGCAACAGAUUGUAUCUCGCGAAACCGAUCCACUUGAGUCCAAAGUUUUGACCAUCGGACACAUUACCGGAGGCAAAGCAGACAAUGUGAUUCCAGAGAGUGUUAAAUUUGGGGGAUCAUAUCGAAGCUUGUCUUCAAAAGGUCUAGUAAACACGAAAGAAAGGAUUAAACAGGUGGUAGAGUUGCAGGCCGCCGUUCACCAUUGCACAGCCGAGUUUGAUUUCAUGGAGGAAACGCCGUUGCCGUACCCGGUGAUGGUAAACGACGAAGGGAUGUACGAACACGCAAAGACGGUGGCUGAAAUCAUAUUAGGAAAACCCAACGUGCAUUUGAUGCCGGUGACGAUGGGAGGUGAGGAUUUUAGCUUCUUUACACAGAAAAUGCCGGCAAUCAUGUUCGUGAUCGGAACAAAGAACAAGACUCAUGAACCAGAGCAUAGUUUACAUUCGCCGUAUUUUGUUAUUGAUGAAUCUGCUCUUCCGAUUGGAUCAGUUUUUCAUGCCGCCGUGGCGAUUUCUUACCUGGAUAGCCAUGGCGGCGGUGGCGCCACCUAUCGUGAUGAGUUGUAAGCUUUUGGGUUAGAAUGAAUGUACAAAAAAUAA